UGCCUGUGCUGAAUGACUGUCAGGGUGCGUGGGGGAGGCAGUUCGAGGGGUGGGAGGCGGGAGCCACGUGUGGGCCGUAUGGGCCGAAGCCACGUGCACAGAACAUCACGUGCAACGAGCAAGGCAUGAUCACUGCAAUGGUCAUGACGGAUCUGAACAUCCAAGGAUUUCUUCCACAGUCGUUGGGGAAUCUCACCAGCCUUACUCGCCUGUCUCUGGAUCAUAACUCGUUGGGACACUCCAUUCCUUCAAGUUUUGUCAACUUGACCAACCUCCGAAAACUAAGCCUUGGUUUCAAUCGUUUCAUGAAUGGCCCCAUUCCAGAGUACAUUGGCAGCCUGGAGAGGCUUGAGACACUAGAUUUAGGUUUGAUGGCGCUAACCGGAUCGAUUCCAUCCACCAUUGGCAGACUCACGAAUCCGACCUUACUGGAUGUUUCUAUCAAUGAACUGAAUGGCAGCAUUCCAGAGUCUAUCGGCAUGCUGACAAGACUGAGCGCACUCUACAUUCAGCAGACUUUCUUCUCUGGGAUCCUCCCUCCUUCCUUGGGAAACCUCACCAAGCUCAUUGACCUGAAUCUGAAUGGCACAUCACUCACAUGCCCGCCAAGCGGCAUCAGCUGUGAGGUUCAGCAGCACCUCAACAGUGCCUUCUGCAAGGCAUGCCCGGAUUUCUGCUCCAUCUGUGUCGCGCCGCCUCCAGCGCCCCCCUCAGAAGCCAACCCUGCAUCGCAAGGGGGUCUGUCCACAGCAGCCAUUCCCAGCAUUGCUGCUGCUGCCGUGGCUACUCUCUUGCUGGCAACGCUGAUCGGUGCACUGCUGUGGCGGAGGCACAGAGGGGGGGAGGCAUUCUCAAAGGCUGCCCCUACAAGCAAGGUGGACAGCAAGG